AUGGCGAGUAAUAAGCUUGAGAAACAUGACAAGCAGGAGGUCAGUGAUAAUGUCAAGGUGGUGGUAAGAUGUCGUCCCCUCAACCAGAAAGAGAAAAUGAUGGCCCACAAACAGGUCAUCAUGGUGGAUGAGAUCCAUGGGACCAUAACAGUCAACAAGCUGGAGAAUCCUAAUAAGCCCCCCAAGACCUUCACCUUUGACACUGUGUUUGGACCAGACAGCAAACAGCUGGAUGUCUACAAUCUCACAGCCCGCCCCAUCAUCGACUCAGUAUUUGAGGGUUACAACGGCACCAUUUUUGCAUAUGGGCAAACUGGCACAGGAAAAACCUUCACCAUGGAGGGAGUGAGAGCAGUGCCAGAGCUAAGAGGGAUUAUCCCAAACUCUUUUGCCCAUAUUUUUGGUCACAUUGCCAAGGCAGAGGGGGAUACCAGGUUUUUGGUCAGUGUUUCAUAUCUAGAGAUUUACAACGAGAAAGUGAGGGACUUGCUGGGCAAGGAUCAGAUGCAGAGGCUUGAGGUGAAAGAAAGGCCAGAAGUUGGCGUGUAUAUCAAAUAUCUAUCUGCUUAUGUUGUAAACAAUGCUGACGACAUGGACAGGAUUAUGACAAUGGGACACAAGAACCGGUCUGUUGGUGCCACAAACAUGAAUGAACAAAGCUCACGUUCUCAUGCUAUCUUCACCAUCACCAUUGAGUGCAGUGAGAAGGGUGUUGAUGGAAACCAGCAUAUGCACAUGGGAAAACUUAAUUUAGUUGACCUGGCAGGUUCAGAAAGACAGGGCAAGACUGGAGCCACGGGUCAGCGUUUAAAGGAAGCAACAAAGAUCAAUCUCUCCCUCUCCACACUUGGUAACGUCAUCUCUGCCCUGGUGGAUGGCAAGAGCAAACACAUUCCCUACAGGAACUCCAAACUGACCCGUUUACUGCAGGAUUCACUCGGAGGAAACUCGAAGACCAUGAUGUGUGCAAAUAUAGGCCCUGCAGACUAUAACUACGAUGAGACCAUCAGUACCCUGCGCUACACCAAUAGGGCUAAAAACAUCAAGAACAAAGCCAGGAUCAAUGAAGAUCCUAAGGAUGCCCUGCUACGCCAGUUUCAGAAGGAGAUUGAGGAGCUGAAGAAGAAACUACAGGAGGGUGAAGAGAUCUUAGGUUCUGAGGGGAGUGGAUCAAAUGAGAUGGAUGAAGGUUAUGAUGAAGGAGGGAGGGCAGGAGUGGUAUGCAGGAGAAGAGGCAGGAAGAAGCUUUCUCUAGAGAAGAUGGUGGAGAUGCAGGCAAAGAUAGAAGAGGAGAGAAAAGCUCUGGAAGCCAAACUGGACAUGGAGGAGGAGGAGAGAAACAAGGCAAGAGCAGAGCUGGAGAAGAGAGGGAAGGACCUGCUUAAAGCCCAGCAGGAGCAUCACCUUCUGCUGGAGAAACUGUCAGCUUUAGAGAAGAAGGUGAUUGUGGGUGGGGUGGACCUCUUGGCUAAGGCUGAAGAGCAAGAAAAACUUUUGCAGGAGUCCAACAAUGAACUCAAAGAACGUCGCAGGAGGGCUGAGCAGCUGCGGAGGGAGCUGGAGGAGAAAGAACAAGAACGCCUGGACAUAGAAGAGAAAUACACAAGUCUGCAGGAGGAGGCUCAAGGAAAGACCAAGAAACUGAAGAAAGUAUGGACCAUGCUGAUGGCUGCUCAAUCCGAAAUGGCAGAUCUACAUCAAGAAAAUCACAGAGAGGUCGAUGGCCUCCUGGAGAACAUCAACCAGCUCAGCCGAGAACUCUGGCUCGAGAUGCUCAUUAUAGACAAAGUUAUUCCCCAGGAAUACCAGGAGAUGAUAGAGAAUAAUACACACUGGAAUGAAGACAUUGGAGAGUGGCAGCUGAAAUGUGUGGCAUUCACUGGCAACAAUAUGAGAAAACAGACUCCUGCUCCAGAUAAAAAAGAAAAAGAUCCGAUUCAGGUGGAUCUGUCUCAUGUGUAUUUGGCCUACACAGAGGAGAGCAUGCAGCAGUCACUGAUGAAACUAGAGAGGCCCAGAACCUAUAAAAGUAGCAAGAGUGGUCCAUCCAAGACUGGACGAAAGAAAAGAUCUGCAAACUCAGACGCUCUGCUCGAAUCCCUUCUGCAGUAA